AUGUGGGUAACUUUGCCAUACUUCUACCCCACAGAUACCACAGCAGCUUUCGAAGAAGAUUCUAUGGAUAUUUAUUCUGGUUUGGAAAGUCCAAAGAUGAAUUCAAAUGCAGGUAAACAUCACUCAAACAUACACAUUGGUUCUUUACAAGAUGGUCUGAGUCAGAUAUAUAUUUUUAGAAGUAGAAAAGAUAUCCAUGUAUUUUUUUUUUUUUUGGUCAUUUAGCAGACGCUCUUAUCCAGAGCGACUUACAUGAGCAAUUAUUUGCUGUGUUGUUCUCUCAGAAUAUGAUAACUGAUAACAUACUUUAUAUUUGUGCAAUCUUAUUACAGAAAGGAACUACACACUCCUCUCACCGCAGAAUCUGAAAUCUAUGGAUUUAUAUGAAGAAAUCCUAACAGAGGAACAGCAGGAUAAAGAGUCUUCCUACAAUGAGGUUUGUACCAUAAUGCUUAUCCAAUUCAUAUGUGCAUUUUUUUACCCCCUCUGUGGUUUGUAUAAAAUGGAAUGCUGGUACACAGAUCCUGUUCCCAUUAGAACUGAAUAACCAUCAGUACCUCUGUCUCAUUACAGUUGAGGACAAGAUUCAAUGCAGCACAAAGCCAAGUUGAUGAGUUAAUGAGAAGGUUGCAGCAGAUGGAAAAACAGGUUUGUAAUAGGAAGUCCUAAGUGUCACUCAUGUAUUAGUAGUACCCCUUGAAAUAUGAGGAACAUACUCAGUACUUGAAAUAAUUGGAUAAAGUACAUAACAUUGACUUGAAUUUAAACAUUAGAUUUUCCAAAUAAAGAUGUUCCAUGACAAUUAUGAAUGUGAUUCUGUCGUGAUGAAAAGGCUAAAUUGACAAAAUGAUUAUAAUAAUAUGCCAUUUAGCAGACGCUUUUAUCCAAAGCGACUUAAAGUCAUGCGUGCAUACAUUAUUGUGUAUGGGUGGUCCCGGGGAUCGAACCCACUACCUUGGCGUUACAAGCGCCGUGCUCUACCAGUUGAGCUACAGAGGACCACAUUAUAUUGAUUAUCAUGUUUAUCUUAUUGACAUUUGUAGUCAUUUAGCAGACGCUCUUAUCCAGAGCUAAUUACAGUUAGUGUAAGUUAGUGUUACCACUCACGUGCUUGACAUGCGUUUUCCUUUUGAAGAAUACAACGCUGAACACUGAGAACAGCCGUCUGAAGAAGAACAUCUGUGCACUCAUUAAAACAGCUAAAAGGGAGGUUGUGCGGAAGGACGAGGAGAUAAAUCGGUUGAGCCAAAGGUAAGUGUCUUGACCCUUCAUACUUCAUAUACACCUGUGAAGUGGUAACACAGGCAAGAAUGAAAAAUACACAUACACACUUUCUAUGUACCCUUUAGAUGAGGUAAAUGUAUAAUUUCUAUGAACUCUCUGUAAAUCUAGGCAUGUGAGUAAUUUUUGAUUAAACUUUUAGUUUCAGGCCAGGGAGGGGUCCUGUAGUUCACUAUCAAUCUCAGAUGAACUGCCUGAGAAAUCAAAUUCCAACCAGACAGAAUCCUAUGGGGCCGUCUCUACCAAGCGAACCACAAGUUCCAACCAGACUGAAUCCUACGGGGCCGUCUCUACCAAGCGAACCACAAGUUCCAACCAGACUGAAUCCUACGGGGCCGUCUCCACCAAGCCAACCACCGGGUCCUAGACAGGAUUGUGUUCGCCAGCUCCUCCGUAAAGACAGAGAUGUAGUCCACCCCCCUCUCCCUCCAACCCCCUCUGACGCAACAGUUUUCCGACCACCUCUUCCUGAUGCAACAGUUUUCCGACCACCUCUUCCUGAUGCAACAGUUCUCAGACCACCUCUUCCUGUCACUUCAAAGACCGCUAGAGGAGAUUCAGAAGCUCCAGUGAAAUACACAGAUUCUUCUGUUAGUAGUUCCAGCCAGGACUCUGUGAAUAGGCACCCUACACGUGAACUUGACCCGUCAGAUGAGCCAAAACAAACCAAGCACAGAGAAGGCAGAGGUGAAGAUCCCAGGCUGUCCGAAUCAAAGGAGCAGCGAAAAUAUGACUCCAAGUCAAGCAGAAGCAGAUACCCUCAUCUCUCAGAUGUUGAGGUACACAAGAGAUCAGAGAGGGCUAAAAACCCAACCUCAGACAUUUUGCAUUGCACUGCUUCCUCUGACCGCACGUCUAAAGGAUUGUCUAAAGAUUGUGCAGACUAUCAAUCAAAAGGUACUAGUCGGCAUUAUAAGGAGCUCAGGCGUGAUAAGGAUGAUGAUGGGCAUAGUAGAAGUAUUAAAGACAUUUCCUUUAACAGAAAGCAUGCCUACUCGAAUCAAGCCAGUGUCACUGAACGAUCCAGUGAAUCUUUUAAUCGCAAGGGAGGGACAAGUCCUCAAAGGGACCAUCGAAGGAAAGAGGAGAGAAGAAGAGAGGAUGAGAUCAGAAAAGAAAAAAAUAGAUAUGGGGAAAAAUCAGGAGAAAGAAAAAGCACUUGUACAGAGAGAAGAAAGGAGCGUGAGCAAAAAAGAACAAAGGAACGUGACCGAUGCAGUACGGACGUCAGUAAGGACAAGACAAUGGACAACAGUAAAGUCGGGGGGCAAAAGACGGAUGAGAAGUCUGAAUUGCUUCCAUCUGAGGCUAAAGUGGCUGAGAAAAGCUCUGUAGAGAAAAACGGUCCAAACAGAAAGUUAAGUUUCAUGGAAACUCUGAAUCUUACCUUGUCACCAGUCAAAAAACCAAGACAGCCUGCUGAAACCAAGGAACAGGAGGGCGCGCCACCUGAGGAAGUUCCUGAAGACCAGUCAGUGGAAGACGGUGGACAGCCUGAUCUAGGGGAAUUAAUCGUCUUAGACGAAAUCAACAGUAGUGUGGGAGAGACCGAUGAGGUCUUUGAGGACCCAAUUGUACAGCCGUCUUCAGAAAUCCCAACGCCUUCAGAACCUGAAAGUAUAAACCGUAGACAUGCAGACGAAGAGCCUUGUCAAGAUGCUGACAAAGGUCUGGCUGAAGCCACAGGGGCCAAAAAGCAACCGAAGUGCCAGUUAGAAGUGGAAGACACUACUGUCCAACAUGUCUCAGAAGGUAGGCCUGAGCUGCUGGAGGCCACAGUGGAUCAGAGGACUGAACCCACCACAGCAGAACCUCUCAGGAAGGAUUGUGUUUCAGCUCCAGACUGUGACGUUGUUUCGAGAACUCCACUGAAAAGCAGACCUGAAGAAUGUGCCUCUGCAAAUAAAAUGGGGGAGUCUGAGGAUUUGACUGCUGCUGCUGUCGCUGUUACUGGGAAUUGUGGAAACAAUUCAAAUACUGACACUGGACUAUCUUCUAAUAGAUUUACCCCUGAACAUUCAACUGAAAGUGUAGUUCUUAUUACUGACAAUUUUGUGUGUAAGUCAAACAGUGAAACUCUCAGUGCUUUGGUCUGUAAAAGUCAAGCUGUUGAAACUGUGACACAAGUUCCACCUGCUGCUGUCUUUGUGGGAAAUCCUGCUGUUGAAGGUGGUCCAGGAAAAGAACAAUCGGAAUCUCUGCAAUUGCCAUUGCCUGCGUCUGUUAUUUCAAAUUCUAGUCUAGAUGUGACAGAGGAGGUGCAAGAUAUUUCCAAGGAUGCUGUUUCCAGUACGAUUAGCAUAGAGGUAAUUCCAGAGAUCUGCAUUACAUCUGAGGUCGUUACUGAUGUCACAGAGAUACCUCUGGAGUGUGAGAAGGAAAACUGUUGUGGAACAAAGUUCACCGUUGAGCAGCAUUGGAGUGUCUAAGGUGAGCAGCACAACAGGAGAGGUUGCACCAUCUGCACAGCACAACAGUGGUUUGGCACAGACACCAAAGAAGUCCCUAAAUUCUGAGCCAAGUUACACCGAGAAUGAAGACGCGAAUGUUGAGCCCUCUAGCUCCAUUCCAUUGGCCCAUGAUGAGGACUCGAUGAUGCUUACACUGAGCAGCCUAAGACGUAUUCCAGAUGCCAUCAGCCCACUCACAAGCCCAGUCCGCCCAAUGAGGAAAAGCCAGCAGCCGCCAUGUCACAGCAAACCUGCUUACGUCAAGAGUCUUCGCAAAGGUAAGCAUCACUAAAAUGACAAUUCUGCCACUUUUCAACCACGUAUUCAUUACAGCACCAUACCAGUGUCUACAUCUUCAUCUUUCACAUGUAGACAAUGGUAUUGUCCUGGAGAUAAUACAAUUAGGUUGAAAAGUGGUGGAGUGGCUCUUUUUAAGAUAUGUCACUAUGGGUAUGGUUGAGAUUUAACAAUUUUCUGAAAAUGUUUAAUUAUUGUCAAUGUUAAGAAGAUGCAACAAUAGCUUAUGUUGGUAAUCAUCUGCUUAAAUCCAUGACACUGAAUGUACUUUGUCAACAUAGGCCUGCAGGUUAUGCCUUUACUUUGCUAAUGAAACCAAAAUAUUGUAUUUGACAGAGUUUACCCAUGCUGCUGGGGAUCCCAAUUCAAAGAAGUUGGAUGUGAAUAUGGGGAACAAGAAUCCUGGCUGCUCCAUUGCAAGUGCUGCACAACAAGAUGUGGAUCGGACUUCUGUCCGUUCUUCCAGCCCUGAGGAUGAAUUGGAAGAGGGUGAAAUUCUUAGUGAAGGGGAAGAAACUCCAGUCACGCCAAGUUCUCCAGCCAAGACGGUUAGCCCCACAAGCACUGUUAAAAGUCAACCAAGGCUCAAGUCAUCCACUAGACUUUCCAAGAGGCCGCCUGAAGAGAGAGGUGUAGUUUCACAGGGGAAUUCUAAACUCCUAAGUAAAACCUUGAUUUCACCAGUUGGAAGCCCCAUGUCAAAAGCCCGCUAUAAAACUGUUCAACCUCCGCUACCCAAAGAAGCCUUGUGUACUGUGGAGGAGGUUAUGGCCAUGUUUGCAAAGAUUCGCUAUGCGUGCAGAAAAAAGUACAUGAAGCUUUGUUCAACCUUCGCUAAGGAACGCUUCUGCGGUGUUAUGGACAUGUCCCUUGACUCUUUCACAGACUUUGUUGAUAGUGUUAGCUUUACUAAACUAUGCAGCCAAGAAGAUUACCUCAAAGUGAAAUUGAAGAACAACAUAGUGUCUGUUUUGAGUAGGUUAUCAAAUAAUGGUAUUGUCAACCGCAUCUUUGACCAGAAACCACUUAAUAUGAAGUCGAAACUGUGGGAAUUUGUGAAUGUGCAGUUAGACUACUUAUUCAAGGAAAUUCAGACUGUACUGAGAAAUGUUUGCAAAUCCUCAAAUGGAAACCAGUCUGCAGGAGAAGAAAAAAGGGACACAAGUCUCUCUAACGAGCCAGUGAAGUCCCCCAAGCAGCCAGUGAAGUCCCCCAAGC